AAUGUUAUGGACAUUGGCUUAGCGAACGAAAAGGCCGGUCAGGAACUGUCCUCCUAUUCGGGGACUUUUCAACCCGCCCCGGGCAACAAGACUGUCACCUACCUGGGGAAAUUCGCUUUCGACUCGCCCUCCAACUGGUGCCAGGACAACAUCAUCAGCCUGAUGAGCGCCGGCAUCCUGGGGGUGCCGCCGUCCUCGGGCGCGCUCACCAGCACGCAGAGCUCGGCGGGCAGCAUGGGGCCGCCGCAGGGCGAGGUGGACCAGAUGUACCCCGCGCUGCCGCCCUACUCCUCCUGCAGUGACCUCUACCCGGAGCCUGUCUCCUUCCACGACCCCCAGAGCAACCCCGGCCUCACCUACUCCCCCCAGGAUUACCAGGCGGCCAAGCCCGCCUUGGACAGCAACCUCUUCCCCAUGAUCCCAGACUAUAACCUCUACCACCACCCCAACGACAUGGGCACCAUCACGGAGCACAAACCCUUCCAGAGCUUGGACCCCAUCCGCGUCAACCCGCCCCCCAUCACCCCGCUGGAGACCAUCAAGGCCUUCAAGGACAAGCAGAUCCACCCGGGUUUCGGGGGGCUGCCGCAGCCGCCCCUCACCCUCAAGCCCAUCCGACCCCGCAAGUAUCCCAACCGGCCCAGCAAGACGCCGCUCCACGAGCGGCCCCACGCUUGCCCCGCCGAGGGUUGCGACCGUCGCUUCUCCCGCUCCGACGAGCUCACCCGCCACCUCCGCAUCCACACGGGCCACAAGCCCUUCCAGUGCCGCAUCUGCAUGCGGAACUUCAGCCGCAGCGACCACCUCACCACCCACAUCCGCACCCACACCGGCGAGAAACCCUUCGCCUGCGAGUUCUGUGGCCGCAAGUUCGCCCGCUCCGACGAGCAGAAAAAAUGCAGUCUAAUUUAUGUGAACCGAAAGGAACAAAAAAAAAAAAAAAACCACAAUCAGGUUUAACCACACAAACCUAAGGGAAUGAUAUUUUUUGAAAGACUUUUGUAUAAAGUUGAGUACUUAGAGAAAAAAAAAAAAAUCAUACCAGAUGUAAUAUAUUUUGUGGAUGUUUUUAUUUCUUGGAUUUAUAGUACCUUAUACUAAGGUUAAAAAAAAAAAUUAUGCUUGAUAUUGUGAAAAGGUGAUAAUUUUCACACACAUUUCAUUUGCUCAUUUGUCAUGUUGUAAUGCAAAUAUGAUAGUUAAUGCAUACAGCAUUUUUAAGGGAAAAAAUCAGAAAUAUUGAACUGAUGUAUUGUUGUACCAUUUGCACUGUGAGCAAAUGCUAAUGCAGUAAAUAUAUUGUGUUUGCUGACAAUCAAAAUCUGUAGUAAAUAUCUUUAUUUUACCUUGCUUAAAAAAGAUCUAUAUUGGUUUGGAACAACAAAAAAAAAAGUCUCUAAUAUGUAAGGGGGAUGUUAAAAUGGCUUGAAAUGUGUAGGACGGUGGGCGCUGUGCCUCUUUACGGGCGACUUUGAAACCUGUUUGUACAUUUUUUUCUAGUGUUGUAUUUUCUUAAAUAAUUUUUUUUUUUUGCUAUGAUUUUU